AUGGAUCCUAUUGUGGAAGUAGUGGCUUUGAUCCUGUCGUUCAUUGCUUGGGUGAUGGUGGGGGUCACCCUGCCGAACCGUUACUGGAAGAUCUCCACCGUCGACGGGAACGUCAUCACCACCUCCACCAUCUAUGAGAACUUGUGGAUGUCUUGCGCGACGGACUCGACCGGGGUGCAUAACUGCAGGGAGUUUCCAUCGCUGCUUGCUUUGAGUGGUUACAUCCAAGCGUCUCGUGCCUUGAUGAUCACGGCGAUAGCGUUGGGCACGUGUGGACUGCUCGGGGCCCUGAUAGGAGUGCAGUGUUCAAAGGCAGGAGGGGAAAACUAUGUUCUCAAAGGGAGGAUUGCUGGUACUGCUGGAGUCCUUUUCAUACUUCAAGGUGUGUGCACAAUGGUCGCAAUUUCCUGGUACGCCUUCAACAUCACUCAGGAAUUCUUUGACCCCUUCUAUCCCGGGAUAAGGUAUGAAAUAGGAGAAGGACUUUACAUCGGCUGGUGCUCCGCUGUGCUCGCCAUCGUUGGAGGAGCCUGCCUCACCUGCUCCUGCAAAAUGGGCACAGAGGAGAAAUACCCGUUGCCUCACACCAGGGGAACGGUGUACUCUGGAGCAGCACCAACCCGGAGCCAGGCUGCCAGCACUUACGGACGAAAUGCUUACGUUUGA